GGGAGCCGGAUCCGUCGCGUUGGCACCAUGGGAACGUGAUCACGUGAUGACGCAAUGUCACAUGACGUUGUCUCAUGCUAACAACAAAUCGAAAAUAUCCGGAUUUAUCUUUUUUCUGAGUGCCUAAUACACAAUCCAACCGAACCGACAGCUGCUGUUCAGCCUAAACUAAACAGAUAAAGGUGUUGGAUCCGACCGAUCGACGCUAAACAGACUGGGUCAACCGAGUAGCUGCAGAUGGAGGUAGAGGGGAUGGAAGAUGAAGGACCUUCGUCCCAGAGUGAACUUCCAGAUCUCCAGGCAACGCAGCCGCAGCCAGCGGAUCUGCAGAGCUCCACGCCUGCAGAGUACGUCUGCGUGAAUCAGAGAGCAGUGGACAAACUCACCGAGGGUUUCCUCUCCCACUACCUGCCAGAUCUACAGAACUCUAAACGAGCCCUGCAGGAGCUCACACAAAAUCAGCUGAUACUGUUGGAUACACUGGAUCAAGAAGUCACCAAGUUCAGAGAGUGCAACACCUUGCUGGACCUCAACUCGCUGUUUACAGAAGCCAAAAUUUACCAGAACAAGCUGGUGAACAUAAGAAAAGAGAUGAUCAUGCUUCAUGAGAAGACAACUAAACUAAAGAGAAGAGCUCUGAAGCUGCAGCAGCAGAAGCAGAAGGAGCUGCUGGAGAAGGAGCAGCAGCGGGAGCGGGAGCUGGAGAGGGAGAGGCAGCUUAUCGCCAAGCCGGCUAAAAGAACGUAGAGAUCCCGACGGUGUUAAAGAACCGCUCUAAGGGGUUUGCAUGUCUUACUAUGUUUACUACAUAUCUCCGAUCAAUCACACAAACCUUUAACCAUUUUCCAAAGUGCUCAUUGGAUAAUCGGACAGGCGGCGCGUGGCUUCAAUAUGUUUCAAUACCACUCUUGCUUGAAACUAUUGGGGAACUUAGAACAUCUCCUCUGCAUCUCUGGCUUAGAGUCAGUAUUGCAAUGGAGAGGCUUUUAUUUCCAAACGUAUCUACACAUUAUGUCGGUACAUAAAUUAACUAGUUCUCAUGGCAACCUGGUGACAACGUCAUGCCACUUUAAGCUGCGCUUUUCUGAAAGUGCGGUCUUGAGAUUUUUGCUUUUACUUCCCUUGUCAUUUCCAUUUUUAGCGCGUUGCAGCCGACUUCCUCCUUGUUCGGCCUCGUUUGUCACAGUUCCAGUUCGUUUAGACUCACUCUGAGUGUUUGGGCAGAUUUAGCCGUGUAUGUAUUUGCUUUAGUUGUAUGACAUAUCGAUAUAAACACUCAUAUGCCUUGCUUGAAUGACCUGUUCUCUAAAUUUUUCCCUUUUUUUCUUUAGAGAAAUUUAUGGAUUUUUGAGCGAAAGUCCCUUCAUAUUCUGAAAAACCUAAAAUAAAAUGAAAAGGAAAUUCCUCAGGGAAAUUUCUGUUAUAAAAUUUGUUUGGGGUGCCAACAUUUAGGAGAAUGGUGUGUUUUAUUUCUUAAUAUGUCUGUGCAUUACUGAAAGGCUGGAUUUGCCAAAAAAAAAAAAGACUACACUGCAAUGAAAGGUAGGUUUAUGUUAAUACUUUUUACAGCCUAGUUUCUAUGGUAUUUUGUGGAAAACAUUCACACUCCCUUCUGACUUUACUGCUUCUCCAGCAGGAGAAGCAGUUUUGAUCAGACUAGGAAGUUUAAAUAUAAACCAGUAUUCACCGAGGCGAUUGGAAAAGUUGUCCUCCGUUCAGUUCAGACCUCCUUAAAUCUGCGGCGCACUUUGGAAAAUGGUUUCCUUAAUAAAAACACUUAAUGUGGUGCUUAGUAAAUAGGAAUAGUAAAAAGCUUGCAGAACCUUGAGUUUGGUUGUUCCUGUCUGAUUUAGCCAAGGACGCCAUAAACCAAAGACCUGGACUAUGUCAUCCAAUGCUGUUUGACUUCUGACGAUGCGCAUGUUUGUAAAGCAGAACAAAUCAUCCUCUGACUCUUUGACAGAUAAUAAUCUGGGAGAACUUCUGCAUCUGCUGUGUUUUGUCAAAGUGUCGUUUAAUAUGCGUUGUAAUGCGGGCCGUCAGCCCUGUUAGUGUUGAAUGUUACAAAAGAAGUAUGUUGUGUAAAUCUUUUUUUUUUUUUUCUGCACUAAAUCUGAUUGAGGCUUGUGUACUAUGAUAA